CACCCAACAAAUUCAAUCCAACGUCAACACCUCUGUCCACGUCAUCACUCCAUCGACAUCCCCCUUCCACAACCACCACAACAACAACAACAACAAACCCGUAACAAACAUCAUCCGCCUUUCAAGCCACAAAAUCCACCCUUCUUCUCUCUCUCCCUUGCCCUCUCCUCCGCCGCCUUUCACCUCCUCCGCCGCCUCCAAAAACGCCGCUCCCUCUUCUUCCUCUCCCUCCCUCUCCUCUACCUUUACUUCCACGCUUCUCGGUCUUUCUUCAUCGAUUUCCUCACCGCCUUAGCUUUCUCAACCGCGUUACUGUUCUCCCUCAACAUCGCUCUUCCUUCGUUACGCUCUUUUCCUCUUAACCUUAACCUCCAUAAACUCCAUUCAAAUUCCUCCUCUUCUUCGCGUUCCCCUCCUCCUCUUCCCGUUUUCUGGACCAUUGGAUCCCGGCCCAAAUCGGAGAAGCGAUUGGGCUCGGGUUGUUGGGUCCAGGUUUUCGGAAACGGCGACGUUUACGAAGGGGAGUUUCAUAGAGGAAAGUGUUCAGGGAGCGGUGUUUAUUAUUAUAGUAUGAGUGGGAGAUAUGAAGGGGAUUGGAUUGAUGGAAGAUAUGAUGGGUAUGGUGUUGAAACAUGGGCGCGUGGAAGCCGUUAUCGAGGGCAAUAUCGUCAAGGAUUGAGACAUGGAUUUGGUGUUUAUAGGUUUUAUACUGGGGAUGUUUAUGGUGGUGAAUGGUCUAAUGGACAGAGUCAUGGAUGUGGUGUUCAUACUUGUGAAGAUGGGAGUAGAUAUGUUGGGGAAUUUAAAUGGGGUGUUAAACACGGUCUUGGUCACUACCAUUUCAGAAACGGAGACACAUACUCGGGGGAGUACUUUGCGGAUAAGAUGCAUGGAUUUGGAGUAUAUCGUUUUGCAAAUGGUCAUCGAUAUGAAGGAGCCUGGCAUGAGGGAAGAAGGCAAGGACUUGGAAUGUAUACAUUUAGAAAUGGCGAAACCCAAUCCGGUCACUGGCAAAAUGGAGUCCUUGACAUUCCAAGCACGCAGAACACCACUUACCCAGUUUCUCCUGUUGGUGUCAAUCAUUCCAAAGUACUCAAUGCAGUGCAGGAAGCAAGACGAGCGGGAGAGAAAGCUUAUGAUUUGUCGAAGGUAGAUGAAAGGGUAAACAGAGCAGUAGCAGCUGCUAAUAGAGCAGCCAAUGCAGCUAGAGUAGCUGCUGUCAAAGCGGUACAAAAGCAAAUGCAUCAUCACGUCAACAAUGAAAGUUUCCCAAUACCUGUUAUGUAAGAUUAUCAACUUCUUUUUUAUAUUAGUAGAUAUAGUAGAAAAGUUUGAGAUUGUUGAAGAGGAUGGUGGCAACAUUAGCUCAUACACCUUCUUUCCCGUCGCAACCUUCUCUUUGGCACUAUGCUUUCUGAGAGAAAGCAGAUAUGUUUUCUAUCUGCCACGGUUCUUGUAUAGAGAGAGGAAUGGAUGAUAGCAUAUUUAUAGAUAAGUUUUUCAAUUUUGCCCCCUUUACUACAUUUUUGUAAAAUUAUAUUUAGAUGUAAUGUAAAUGCUGGUGUGCAGGUUAAACCUACCAGCUACUGUUGUAUUAUGGUUUUGUAAAAAAUAACGAGAGGAGAAACAUAUAUAUAAAAUAAAUGCUAUUUUUUCUCAACUUCA